GACAAUUUCAAGUUAAACGUCCACCACUAAUGGCAAGGUGGCAGAAUUUUCAGCUCCUCAGAUGAUUCUCUGCGCAUAUACAUAGCGGUAGUCAGCCAGCUUGUAUACACGCCUUAUGAUACACAUCUUGGUUGGCACCAGAAUGUAGACCUCCUUAUGUCUGAUCCCAUACGUGUCACGUCCAGCGCUGAUGGGCGUCAAGCCCUUCGGAUAUGAACCGAUAGCAAGCUCGUCAAUAUUUCGUCCACUUUUGAUCAACUUGUGAUACACUUAUCUUCAGACUUGUCCCUUCUAGCUCACCAAGGUGACCAAGCCGCUUCCCUACUGCACAGCCUCCAUGAAUCACCAAGAGCAAGUCAUAUCUGACAUUACGCUUGAACACACACAGAAGGCAUUGGAUGAUGCCAUAUCAGAUUCAAAUUCGACAUCAGCUAGAAGGCUCGACAAGUUGGAUCGAGCAGAGGAAUUUGCCGCUCAGACAACUCAAGACGUUGGAUCAUUUCACGAUUUCUACACCCAGAAUGCCACAGUCAUCAAGUCCGUAUCUGAUGUGAUGGUCACGGACAUCGCAAAGAAGAGCAUGGGCGACUUUCUGGGAGAGGCGAAGAAGGUGAUGGAAGCUCUGGAUUCUCUCCAACAGAUCCACCCGUUCAUCAGUGUUGCUAUAGUCGCUUUCAAAGCUGUCGUGAAUCUUGAACUAAGGCGAAGAGAGAAUGAUCGUAAAGUUGGGUUGUUGUUAUCUCAGGCAUCCGACAUGAUGAUCAUGCUUCUCCAACUUAAGAACACUGGAGACCCUGCCAUCAUGGGACCUCAUGGUGAAAUCAGGGGACGACUGCAACGUGUCAUGGAUGGGAUCAGGCAAGAUAUCGAGGAUUGCGGAAAUGCCAUUGACAAAUACUACAAGUCGAAAUUCAUGGUGAAAUUCUUCAAAUCAUCCCAAUGGGCGAACGAGUUCCUGAAAAUUUGCAACAGCUUUUCCCAGCGCACGCAGGAGCUUCAGCUCGCCUUGAACAUCAGGACGGCUGUGGGAGUUGACAUUGCAAUCGAUAAGCUGGACAAGCUGAUCCGCAUGCUAAGCGAACGCGAAACAAAAUUCGAGAAAGAAGUGCAAAUGCGUGGUGGAAGAGAGAAAUGUUUGGAAAGCAACGACAAAUUACUAGAGCUACUGAAGAUCGCCGAACAACGGGAAACACGUCCACAGAAUAAAGUGUAUGCCGAUGUUCCCACCAAAGAUAUCAGCAAGCCUGUUUCCAAGAUAACUUCUGCAAAAGGAUCGGUUGCCGAGCAGCACCGUCUUGAUGCCUCACUGCUCUACGAACUGCACACUCCUUUACGCAGCUUACUUGACGACAACCGCACACUCUUCAUGUUCAAACUUGACACAAUGACAUCUGACAUCAAGGAUGCUAUCAAGGAUUCCGAAACGCGCAUCAUGUGGGCCUUCAACAGCAGAUUUCGACGGGUCAAGGAUUUGCACCUCCGAUAUAUCUGGAAAGAGAUGAAAUGGGCAACAAGCGUUAAGACGCUAUAUUUCAUCGCGGAACUGCAUGACUAUUACGUGAAUCGUCUCUCCCGUCUCCGUCAUGAUGCCACAGGCCCACAAGUGACAUCUGGUGCUUCAUCUUUGGCGGUGCGAGUCCCAUCCCCAACCCCUACUGCCUCUCUCAUAUCCGAUUCAGAAGGAGAAGACCAUGAGCAUCCAGAAGUUGAUCUUGAAUACCACGAGCUUCCCGCAGUUGACCCUGCAGACAAGUGGUGCUUGAAAUACUUGACUGUUUUCUAUAUUCCGAGUUUAUCCGAAAGCUUCGACAGCGACGCAAAUGGGUUGGUCAGCGUACGGGAGGUAAACACCUUUACGUCCACAGUACCUUCAGGUUGGAGUCUGCUACAAGCACUUGCGUACUCAGCAGCAGGUUGGAGAGUGGAUAAUCAAUAUUACCACACACGAAUUGAACAAGUCUUGAACAGUAUGAAUGGUGUACGAGGAGACGCACUUCCAGAAAAUAGGAUGUGCAUCGCCACAUAUUUGAAUUCGGAUGCUAUCGAUGGUAUCAAACAGCUUGUGCGUUCUCUUGCAGGGCUUGGAUCAGAGUAUUCGGACUUGGAUCUCGCACAACUGGCUACUCGGCGUCGCGAGGCUCAGGAGGAGACAUUGACGAAUAAACUCAAUGUCGUCAAGUAUGAAAUAGACUCCAAAGAAUCCAUCAAACUUUUUGGAUCUGGUCGUAUUGAAAAUUUCUUGCUGCCUUUGCUUUACCUCGUGAUCAGGAGGCAUUUACAAAUCAUGGAACUCGCCAGCACAGUGAUUCUGGUCGAGAGAGAACUUGAGUCUGCAACUCAAACGAUAUUCAAUAUCUUGGAAGGGGUGUCUCUGCGUGUAAAUCAACUGGCAGAAUCAUUUCGUCAACAAGGUAGCGAUCCGAAAGUGAGAUUCACUUGGUAUGCGCAUGGCUUGUACAACUUUUGGUACAGUCCAGAACUCGCCACAGACGACACCGAAUACUGGGAAACCCACGAUUUCGGGAAUGAUGACACUGAAUUGGAGAUUGAUUCUACAGCAUUGAAGUUUGGUCCUUUCAGUCUGGAGGAGGACAACACGGUGUUGGAAAAACCUGUGAUAUUUAUUGCAUUUAAUCCCGGUCAGCAGUCUGAGGACACCAUGGAAGAAUAUAUCCGUUUGUGGUGCAUGAACGAGCUCCAUAAUACACGAACAUUCUUCCCUUGUGAAAUCCCGCCUUAUCUAUCGUCGAACGACAAAGAACGAUUCAAUAUCCUGUCCAAAGAGCUGCCUUCAUCUGAUGUCAAACGCUGGAACUCAUUGGCUGAGCUCCAUGUGCGCAAACGAUUGUUCAAUUUUCAAUGCGAUGCAUGCCAUUAUCUUGUCACUGAUUUCCUUCACUAUUGUUUAGACUGUGAUUCCAAUAACUAUGGUGUAUGUGUACAGUGCGAAUCUCUGCCGGUUUCAGAUCACAAAUACCCAUCCGACCACAAAUCGACACACAACAUGCUUAUUUUCCGCAUGUCGCCACCAACUUUUAUAUACGCACGAGCCAGGUCGUAUGCCCGGAGCUUCUUAUCCAAUUUAAUGCUCCCUGCGGCACCGCUCGAAGGAUCAUCGCAAGAAGACGAAUGCCAAAAGCAACUCGAAUCAGAUGGGUCAGAACCUCCGCAUUCGACAGAAGCAACUCAAGCGGACAUGGCUUCUGCCUCUGUAGAUCUGCGGGGAGAUGAUGAAAAGUCAAGCGGGAACUCGGUGAUAGCCUCACUUACAACCGAAGACGCCCAUACGUGUCUUGAAUGCGGUGUUAAGCUGGACGUUUUGUAUGUAUGCCUUAUCUGCGAAGGAGAUACCCCGAUUACCUUGUGUGGCGAUUGUGCAUUCCGCGAUGUAUUCAACGUGGUCACACAGCACCACCCUUACAGACACCUGUUGGUCAAGAUCAAAGACAAGGUGCCAGACGCAGAUGGAACCUUAGACCAGCCUGUCGAUGACUCGGACGAUACAAGUGCUUUAGCAUCCCUUUCCUUACGGGUCGACAAUCUAGUUGCAACGGUGGACAAUCUAGCUGCAACGGUGCAAUCUCGCUUUGCUGAACAGGAUCGGUGCCUUAGUGAACGGUUUACGCAGAUUGAGCAGCUCGUGCAUAGUUUAGUGGAUUUGAUGGGAAAAGUACAACUUUCCUCCGGGUCCGUAAAUGGUUUGGCUGGCUCAUAAAUCAGGCUGUUGUGUUUAAUUCUCGUAUAGUCUUCCCAACCUUUAUAGAUCGACACCGACUUGCUAUGACCGUCGUACAUGUAAAAUAUAUGACUAUUGGCUUCCUUUCGUUGUGUGGACGAGUAUGAAAGGUAAUCAAAGUGGCACUGCGCGCAGGAUCGAGGUAGGAACUUGGUCACAAAUGGAACCAUGUGAUCAAGCGAAGAGAUGAAUGAAGCCGAGAGAUCAAUUAGUUCAUCCAAGUCGACCAUAUAUCGAGCUACCAGAUCAGGCUGGUG